AUGUCCCCAGUAGAGCAGAAACGGCUGCAGGCGUCUCUCAAGACAGCCACCGGUACCUUUAAUCAGGCCGUGGCAGUCUCCCAGGACGCGCUCAACGACGGUUUGUAUUACUUGUUUGACAAGUUCGAGGAACUGAAGAAGAUGGAAGUGAAUUCAAAGAAAUUUGGUUCCAUCGACGCCUCGAUGAGUUAUUCCGAAAUCUCUCUGCCUGUAAAGUCCUCCAAUUACCGCACAGUCGUCUUUUAUUGCAUCUUUGAAUCCGGACAGCUCAUUGUCACGGAUGACAUGGGGUAUGAAGCCGCCGCAAACACAAGAACACGAGAAGAGGUGAAGAAGAGGCUGAAACAGCUAGGCGACUAUUCCAUCAAGAGGUUGUUCCUCGACUUUAAAACCCACAAGAUUAGAAAUUUUAAAAAGGAUCUAAGCAGCUUCGAGGGCCACGUAUGGAACAAUGAAGACUUGCAAAGCUUCCUGUCUCUCAUGUCCUUCUGGGGCGAUCCAGACAAGGGGGUCAUGAAGGAUCCCCAAAAGUCGACGCUGGGAUAUUACUUGACGACCCCGAAGCCCGAGACGGUCAACCCGCCGGUCCCGACGUUCCCGCCGACUGCCAUGAAGCAUCAGCACUACAAGUAUAUUGCGCCCGGAAAGGACUUUCCUGACGAAGGACUGAAGCUUGGCAAGAACAAUAUGCUCUUGUAUUUGGAAAUGACCCAGAACCGGUCUUUCCCAAAAGAGGACAUCCUAGAAUAUUCAGGCAAUUUCGUCACUCCGGGCAUGAAAGGGACAACCUGCAUCUCCCGAGACGUCUUUUGGGAUUCGUAUCUGAUCCGAAACCCACCCCUAAGCAGUCCUCCCGGGUCGCUGCCUCCACUCCUCCGCGAGUUCAAUAGGCAUACCUACGCCUGGUUGGGAGGCUUUCACAUUUGGGCUAAAGGAUACGUCGCUGGUGUGUCCUUGAGCUUCGGAUUCGGGCACACAGGCUGGGAGCCACCGCGAACCCCCGAGUAUUUUGCAUGGAAGCGAGUCUCGGCGGAUAAAUGGGAAUGGAAGGUAAGCGACGACAAAUCGGACAGUGACAAGGGAACAUGGCCCGUCAAGGCCGAGGGAAAAGCGAAAAGUUACACGUACAACGAGUUGUGGUUCGUGCCGGGCCAAAACGUUAUACACAUCAAGGGAGUCUCGAAGCUCUGGGCAGAAUGGAAGAAGAGUGGUUGGGAGACGUUGAUAGAAAAGGGAGGCUCCGAAGUCAAAUUCAGCGUGGAUAUCUCGAUAGACUCUGUCAUCGAGGGAGGCCUGAAGCUGAACAUGAACCUUCCGCAAACCCCCAAGAACGUUUUCAAGAUCACCCAGGUGAUGAGUCCUUGGGGCGCAGCUGCUCAACAAGACAGCAGCGACGACACCGAGCCCGAGCCCGAGAGGUGGGAGACGGCCGAAGGUGACGAAGACAAGAUCAUCCCGGAAGCAAAGGCAGAGGAAAAGAAGUCCAUCAACGUCAAGAACAUAAUGGAGGUGACCAAUAUUGCAGCUGGCCAACUCGAUUUCCAGUCCAUGACGACCAAUUUGCAGUCGGCGUUGCUGAACUCGGCACGCUUCGUUAUUUCCGGUGGCCGGGACUUUUACCACAAGAACCCCGUGUUCAAUAACAACGGAGAUCUUCUUGUGGAGGCGAGGUAUAAGUCUUGA